AUGAGUGCCAUUGGUGAGCCGAAGGUGGUUCAGAAGGACCGGCAGAAGUUGGAGGAUGCUCGGAAGAAGCUGGGCUCCUGCGCCAAAGCCUUGCGAGCGCGGAUGGCCAAGGAGCAGGUGGAAGUCUGGAAGAAGGCAGAAGCUGAGUUCAGCGUGCAGAAGAUGAUCUGGCAGAGCCUCAGCUUGCAGCGAGGGGCCAAGCACCAGGGCACGGCGGCCAUGAUCGAGUCCAAGCUGGAGUUUGCGGUGCAGACGCACACCAAGGACCUGGCUGCAGCAGUCGAAGCCCUGGACCUCUGCUUGGAGCGAAACCAAGGCCUCGACUUGCUGGGCGUGGCGAUGCUCGAGUCCAUCGAGGGCAUCAAGGCCGCGGCGCUCCACGCCGACGCGCGGCAGGAGCUCGCGAAGAUGCUGGAGAAGGCCGCCGAGGACGGAGCCCCCGGCCGCGCCCGCCGCGGCCGCCGCCGCUCGCUUUUUUUUUGCUGUCACUUCUUUGCGAAAGCGCGCUUUCGCACAGAGAACGUGCUUGUUCUCGCAGCCUGA